GUUCCUUGAGGAGAAACUACAGACAGGAAAUGAGUUUGACUUCGACUCUGGAUCACGUUUCAUCUGUGAAAAGUUGUUUUCCACUCUGAGCUGAUCUGUGAGCAGUUUGAGCAGCAGCUGAUCCGGACAUGGUCUCUGUGACGGAGGGAUCGAUCCCCUGAGGAGACGGCGAUGGAGAGGAGACACUCACUGAGUUUUCUUAAAGAGUGACGGGAACAGAGGAGGAGAUGGGAGAGGAGGAUGAAGGCGGGGAGACGCUGACCUCCACAUGACUUCAACCACACAGAGACAUGAAGUUCAGGUUUGACGGAUGAAACCUGACGGUGAUCCUGUGGAUUUCUGUCAGCUUUGACCUGCUGAUGACCUGAACUGAGUCUGACCAAACAGGAAGUGACCCCGUCAAAGUUUAUUCAAACGGAAACUUUCAGAUUAAAAGCGUCAGUCAACACAGAAGAAUGUGAAGAUGAACUGAAGCGCAUCAAGUAAAGACAGAACUCUGACCUGCGUCCAGGUGUGGAUUGACCUACCUGCGCAGGUGACGGGAUGCACCUGAACCGACCUCGCAGCGCCCUGCUCGGGUUCAGCCUCCCUCCUCCUCCCCCUCCUCCUCCCUCUCCCCCUCCUCCCUCCUUCUCCAGUCAGUUCAGCACCAUGAGGUUCUCCUACCACCUGAGCACCACAUCAACGCCACCACCACACAGCAGCUCCACCCACAGGACAGGUCCCUCCUCUUCCUCCAGUCCCAGCUUGCUGACGAAGAGUCUGUCUCUGGAGCCGUCCUGCUCACCGUGCGGCCACCAGGGGGUGCUGGACGCUGACUCUCCCCUGCAGCCGAGCUCCGAUCCGGGACCCAGCGCCUCCUUGUCAAGCCCCGCCUCAUUGGAGGGAGGGGCGGAGCUAACAGAGCGCCGUGGCUCCGCUAACGGGCUGCUGCUGGUCAAUGAUACAGGGCCGCCAGAACUGCCAGCGACCACAAUAACACCACCGAGCAAGAGCAGACCGCCGUUACCUGGACCAAAACCUCAAGUCCCCCCGAAGCCCCCCCACCUCCAGCAACAGGCAGGGGGUUCCAGGCCACGCCCCCGGGCUCCAGACAAGCCCCUCCCCCCUCCCCCGCCCUGCAGACCCCUCCCAGUGGACCCCCGGGGGGGGCGGACGCCACCGACCCAGGGUGAUGGCACGGCCUCCCCAACUUGUGUCUUGUCACUCAUUGAAAAGUUUGAGCGUGAACAGAUCAUCGUGGUUCCUGACAUCACCGGGGGGGCUCUGUGUCCACGCCUCCCUGACCCCCCCUCCUCCCUCUCCUCCUCCCGACCUUCGUCACCACCAUCAUCAUCAUCAUCACUCGCCCCUCCCCCACCUGAUGAGGAGCCACCCUCUGAGAUCAAAGGUGGUGAGGGGGAGGAGGGAGACGGUGACCUACACGAUGAUGAUGAUGAUGAUGAUGAUGAUGAUGAUGAUGAUGAUGAUGAAGAGCUGGCAGCGGCGUGUCGUGACGACCCACAUCAGAAGCGUCUCUCUAUGGAGUCGGGUUACAGCGCCUCAGAAAAACAUUUGGAGGACGACGUGGUUGCUGUGGAGAUGAGGGAGCAACAACAGCAGCAGCCGCUGCUGCUUGACCAAUCAGAGCUCCCCUCAGAGCGUCUGUCCCUCCCCUCCUCGCAGACGGACGGGAAGCUGGCCAAUCGGGACAGCGGCAUCGACAGCAUCAGUUCUCCAUCGCACAGCGAGGAGCUCUGCUUCGCCGGCGUGGAUGACGGGGGCGUGGCCUACCCCUGCAGCCCUGCCCUUCUGCCCCGCCUCUCCAGCUCGUCCUCAUAUGCGGGGGAGGGAGGAGACGGGGAGGGAGGAGAGGGGGAGGCACGGGGUGGAGCCAGAAGGAGGAGGGAGUUCUCUGAGGAGGGAGACAGUGAUCUGGAGGAGGAGGAGGCCGAGCUGACACUGGUGCUGCCCCCCCCAAAGACAGACAGACAGGACUCUGCUGAGCUGUCUGUCCAGCAGAAGGUCUUCAACAUCGCCAAUGAGCUGCUGCACACAGAGACAGCCUACGUCUCUAAGCUCCACCUCCUGGACCAGGUUUUCUGUGCUCGGCUCCUGGAGGAGGCUCGGUCCCGCUCCUCCUUCCCCUGCGACGUUGUUCAGGGAAUCUUCUCCAACAUCUGCUCCAUCUACUGUUUCCAUCAGCAGUUUCUGCUGCCGGCGCUGCAGAAACGGAUGGAGGAGUGGGAUUCUAACCCGCGGAUCGGGGACAUCCUGCAGAAGCUGGCUCCCUUCCUGAAGAUGUAUGGCGAGUAUGUGAAGAACUUUGACCGAGCCAUGGAGCUGGUGAACACCUGGAUGGAGAGAUCGGCUCAGUUCAAGACCAUCAUCCAGGAGAUUCAGAGGGAGGAGCGUUGUGGUAACCUGACUCUGCAGCAUCACAUGCUGGAGCCGGUCCAGAGGAUUCCUCGCUAUGAGCUGCUGCUCAAAGAUUAUCUGCACCGACUGCCUGAGGACGCCCCGGACUACAGGGACGCCCAGAAGUCUCUGGAGCUGAUCGCCACAGCGGCAGAACACUCCAACGCUGCCAUCAGGAAGAUGGAGAGAAUGAGGAAGUUGUUGAAGGUUUACGAGUUGUUGGGGGGAGAAGAAGACAUUGUUAACCCAACAAACGAGCUCAUUAAAGAAGGACACAUCCUAAAACUGUCCAACAAGAACGGGACCACGCAGGACAGAUACCUCAUACUGUUUAAUGACCGGUUGCUGUACUGCGUCCCAAAGCUGCGUCUGAUUGGUCAGAAAUAUGGUGUCCGUGCUCGCAUCGAUGUGGACGGCAUGGAGCUGAAAGAGACCAGCAGUGUUGCAGUUCCCAGGACGUUCCUGGUGUCUGGAAAACAAAGAUCCCUGGAGCUGCAGGCCAGGACAGAGGACGAGAAGAAGGACUGGAUACAGGCCAUUCAGGCGACCAUUCAGAGACACGAGCAGACGGUGGAAAGCUUCAGACACCUGAACUGUUCACUACGAGAUGAUGAGUCCACUCCACCUCACUCCCCGAGCUGUGUGGAGUUGGGAAAGAGAGCUCCGACUCCAAUCAGAGAGAAGGAAGUCACUCUGUGUAUGAAGUGUCAGGAGCCGUUCAACUCCAUCACCAAGAGACGACAUCACUGUAAAGCCUGUGGACACGUGGUUUGUGGGAAAUGUUCAGAGUUUCGUGCUCGUCUGUCGUACGACAACAACCGAACCAACCGUGUUUGUGUGGACUGCUAUGCCAUGCUUGUGGGAGUGUCGCCCUCACCCGGCACGCUCACUACCAGCACCCAAAGGAGGCGCUCCAUCCUGGAGAAACAGGCCUCCCUGGCAGCAGAGAACAGUGUGAUUUGUAGUUUUCUUCACCACAUGGAGAAAGGAGGGGGGCGGGGUUGGCAGAAGGCCUGGUUUGUCAUCCCUGAAAAUGAACCACUGGUGCUCUACAUCUACGGAGCUCCACAGGAUGUGAAGGCGCAGCGCAGCGUGCCUCUGAUUGGCUUCGAGGUCUCCCUUCCUGAGUCAUGUGACCGCCUGGAGCGACGCCACGCCUUCAAGAUCUCCCAGAGUCACCUGACCCUGUUCUUCAGUGCCGAGGGGGAGGAGCUACAGCGGCGAUGGAUGGCCGUCCUGUCGAGGGCCGGGAGGGGGGAGGAGCAUCAGGUCCACCGGCCAAUUGUGGAGAGUCUGGAGGAGGAGGGGGAGGAGCUAGCGGCUGCAGCAGAGGGGGAAAACACGUGAUUCUGCUGGAUGAGGAAGGACGGAGAUGAUAAAGGCGGGGCCAUUAAAUGAAGAUCAAUCCUUGUUGGAAACCAGUACAAAACCAGUACAUACAUUCGUAGCUAAUAUUAACACACACACUCACUCACACGCACACACACACUCUGAGCUCUCUGUGUAUUUAAAGUUGCGUGGGUUGUCUGCAUGAUUCCUCCCCACUGUCGACACAAGAUGGCGUCUCUCUCUCUCUGUCUUCACCUUUUUUCACCUGUGUUACAACGCUUUAAGGUGGGCGGGGCCUCCUCUCCCACUGUAAAAACGUUCCUUUAACAGGAACCUCAGAACAUCGAACUGCGACCACAUAUUCAGAAAACUGACCAAAAAUUUGAAAGUGAAUUGAUUAGAACUUCUGCCCAUCCCUUCUGAAGCUCUCUGAUUGGACGGUUCCUGGAAUACAAUCAACCAUAAAGCACAUGCGUCAAACAGCUUGUUUUUCAGCUUCUCCUGUGUCCCUUUUACAGUGUAUUGAUCUGUCAGAAGGCUGAGUGGACCGUUUUAAUCUGUUUAGUGGUGAAUUCACUCUGCAAAGGCCUAGUUAUUGGAGUUACUGUGUCCUUCUUCACCUGUUGGUAGGACACCAGUGAGCAGUCACAACCUGCAGGGGUUUGUUAGUUUCAGUUUUCCUCCCAGAAACACGUUUCAGUUUCCGGCACUGACCAAUGAGGAAACCCCGCGGUGAGAGACUGGAUUCAGUUCCAGACCAGGAGAACCAGACUCCACCUGGAAAAAAUUAGACCCAGAUUCCCUCUGAAUCUCGCUCAUAUUGAACAAUUCUACACCUCACGGUUUACGUCUGUUUAAAGCUAAUGCAAGAGGCAGCCUGGUGUGUUUGUAGGGAAGAGGAAAGUAAAGGACCAGAUGUGGGACAUGGACGGAGAAUGUGGACAGUGGGCAUGUGGACGUGUUCACACGUCACAUAUGUUAGGCGAACGAUCCGUGUGGAAAUCAGCAGACAUGUUCAUCUCCCAAAAAACAACCUUUAUCCAUCUUUGACUUUUAGUGGAACAAAUAAACAUGAUGGAGUCAAACCGGACGAACGGUCGCCGUUCAGAUCCCAGCUGAAAGCUGAAGAGUGGAAUUUCAGUCUGACAUUAAAGACGAGAUUAAAGACGAGAUCCUUUCUGUUUUUAAAAGAGGAAGUUUAGAAACAUGUCAGCUGGAAGUCAGACUGCUGAAAGGACGGAGGAAACGCUGUGAGAUUUUUAAAACACAAAAGAAGAAAAAGACUAGCGUGUUCCUUCAAAGACGUUCAAAUUUUUAAUCCGAAACUUCCCCUGAACAAAAAACACCAGAUUUCUUUUUUCCCUUCGUUUUCCUCUGAAGUCUUCUGUUUGUUCGACUUUGAGACUUUCACCCUUAAUAACCUAACUGCUGCUGUCUGACAUUUCCCAGCAGCCUCUGCUCUGAGCUGCUGACUCAUUUACCUGCAGCCCCUCUGCUGGUGAAGUCGGGUACUGCGGGGGUUUUAUAAAAUCACCGGGCGGUUCAUCACGGUCCUGAAGGAAUCUCGCUCAAACAUCCUCGGCCCUUAUUUCAUAAAAUAUAUAUGUGUAUAUAUAUUAUUAAGUCUUUGUCAAAUGUCAAAAUACCUCAGAAUGUGGUUGUCAGAGUUUAAACUCUUUUUUCCGCCUGAAAAACUUUUCAAAAACACAAAAAGAUUCAGUUCACAAAAACAUGAAACAGAGAAGCUGAAGCCCGGCGAUGAUAGAAGUGUUUCAGAUAGAAAAGACUGAAAUUGUCGUUGAUUCAUUUUCUGUUUUUCGUAAUUUGUGAAUUUAAUUCGUCUUUGCUAUAAUGUUCCUCCAGUUCACUGUUGAUGUCUGGAGAACCAAUUCCAAAAUUGACUCUGACAGGCU